AUGUCCGCGUCUGACGUUGAUAUGCAGGAUGCGGGCGCUGCCGCGCCGAUCCUAGCAGAGGACGACGUGUAUACUUGGGCGAAAGCGUCGGACUUGGCCCUCCGCUACAUUGCUCGCGUGCGUACACCUUCUUGGCAUGCGGAGGAUGUCAACGUCGAUGGGAUCGGUCUUCCCGCCAUUGUACGAGACCACGAGCAAACGAUCCAAGGCCCCUUCGUGAACCGUGACGCGCACAUUCCGGCCAGCGUGCGCGUUCCUGAGACGCCUGGGUACCUGACGAUGCGACUGUGUUCUGUCGCGACCUCUUUAUCGCGUCGGCCUUCAGACUAUUAUCUCCCUGGUUCGGACGUGUGGCAUUGCCCGCACUACGCGUGCGAUUGGGUUAUCGUCCUAGACAACCUUACCGAGGCGCAAAAGGGAAUGCUUACCCGGGCCAUGGGUGAGGAUACGGGUCUUUUCAUGGGUGACGGUGGGAAUGCCGCGGCGCCUCAGCCUGCCUUUGUCCGAGAGGUCGUGGAUAUCGUGGCUCUUGAACACUAUCAGCGCGCGCAUUUCUGGCGGCUCGGUAUCCGGUACAUACUUCACGGCCAAAGGAUUGAUGGACGAAUUGCUUAUCACUGGGAAGAGCCGGACGGAGGGCGCGGGCCAGGCAAACCGCGGGUCCGUAUCACCAGCGCCGAAAAACACGAAGAGAAAUGCCGGGUUGCGGUACAACGUGCGCUAUCCUGCGAGGCGCGAUCCUGGGCGACGUCUACUAUCCAGGACGUCCAGAAGAUUGAGCAUGCGCUUCGAGCCGACGCUAGCCGCGUCCAACGCGAGUGUGCGCUUGAACGCGGUGCAAAGCUCAUCAAUCUGAAGGUCGACCGCGUGGACAGCUUGUUUGAACACCGCGCGUCUUUGUAUACCGACCUGCACCACCGCCAUUCUGUUGUCAUGCUACCGGAGAAGGCGAUGCUUCGCGUCAAGAGCGCCGGCCAGAAGUUCGAGGACGACAACACGAACGUCAGAUCGUCUUGCGAUGUUCGACGUACUGCGGCGGAAGAGCAGAUCGAGUAUUGGACUACAGGCGAGGGAUAUCUGCGCACGCAGUUCAGACCGCUAGUUCGCAGGCGGUAG